AUCAACCGUGAAAACUGGUGUCCAGUUGAACCUUCUCCAGAUUCUUUACUGUUGGAGCAGAAGCAUCCUUGCAACUCUGCAGAAAGUGAUAAUUUUCUAGAAGACAGAUUAAGCGGUGACGGCUCUUCUUCAAAAGGCCUCCUUAAGAGAGGAUCCGGGAGUGACUCCGAGCUCUUUCCUCUCUCCAGCGAUGGUCUGGAUGAGGUGGACUUUAGAAAGCAGGCUGAAGAGGAACAAUCAGCUGGCAGGAGUUCCACCUCUUCAGUGGACGAUACCACAUCGUUGGAAAGGAACUCUUCCUUCGGCAGUAACUUUUCUGUUCCUCGGACCCCUGGUCUCCUUGGGUCCAAGGAGAGGUACAGCCCAGAUGGCAGCUGCUUCAACAUGGGGGUGAAUGGAGAAGGUCAAGAUGGCAUGGCAGUGGUCUCUGGAGAACUGGACGAAUUGCUGGAUAGCGUCAUGGAGGUGUCCCCUCCUUCUUCUGGCUUGCGGAACAAUUUGAGGUCGUCGUCUCCUUUCCGCCGGCAUAGCUGGGGCCCAGGGAAGAACAGCAACAACGGCGAAGCUGAGGUCAACCAGAGGAGUUCAGUGCGACUGCUGGGGGAAGUCGUAAGGAAGGCUCCCUCCCAUAGAAGAAGUUUGAGCUGGUGUCCCUCAGGUGUCCAGUGCAAUGCCAUGGAUGCUGACUUUAAUGGUCGAAGUUACAGCUUAGAAGGACUGUCUGGAGAGGCUGAUAAUACUGCUAGUAAGCCAUCGUCAAGUCUUGAUGUAGCAUCUAUGAACACCAAGGAUCUUCGGCAGAGUCCUUUAGCCAAUGAUGAACGAGGAUCACUGGUCUCACUCACUGAAGAGGAACAAGAAUCGGAGCUAGGAGAAAUGAGAAGUCAGAUUCUCCAAAGAUCACAGCCCCACUCCUUUGGCUUCUGCACAAGUCCUGUUUCUCCUCCAUUAACGAAAUCCAUGUCACUGAUGACCAUUGCCCAAGUGGGAUCAGACAACAGUACCCGAUCCUUCAGCAGCUCCCUGACUCAAAGCAUCAGCGAGGAGAGUGGCAGUUUUCCACCCCCAAGUCCCUGCAGAAAAGAUUUGGAAGGCAAAAGUGGAACGAAAGUCAGCCGUACGUUCAGCUACCUCAGGAAUAAAAUGUCCAGCAGUAAGAAAAGCAAAGAGAAAGAGAAAGAUAAAGAGAAAUUGAAGGAACGGGACAAAGAGUCCAAGGAAAAAGACAAAGAUAACAAGAUACUAAAUGGCCAUCUCUUCAGUGCCAUCUCAACUGUGGGCCCCAUCAGUUGUUACCACUGUCUCAAGCCCUUCAACAAGGAUUCACUCGUCUGUGCAAAUUGUGGUGCCAUGGUCCAUAAAGGCUGCAAAGAGAGUGUGGCUGCUUGUGCCAAGGUCAAAAUGAAAAAAAACCCAACCGGUCUUCAGCCUCAUGAUACUUCUUCAUUGCCCACAGUAAUUAUGAGAAAUAAGAGUUCUCAGCCAAAAGAGAGACCCAGAUCAGCGAUUCUUGCUCCUGAUGAGAACAUUACAACUUCAGUGUUCAAUAGUAGGCGAUCCCAACAGAACUUGUCCCUUUCAAAGAGCGUUUCCAUUCAGAACAUUGCUGGUGUCGGAAAUGACGAAAGUAUCCUUCACACGCGGAAAUUUCUCUCCCAAUCAACGGACUCCUUGAAUAAAAUCAGCCGGGUAAACGAAUCCAUGGAGUCAUUAACAGAUGAAGGGGCAGAUAUGAAUGAAGGGCAACUCAUGGGAGACUUUGAAACAGACUUGAAACAUCUGGAAGCUCAGUCUUGGAGUCAAGUGGUGGACAGCAAGUUUCUCAAACAGCAGAAGAAAGACAUUGUGAAGCGGCAAGAUGUCAUUUAUGAACUGAUGCAGACAGAGAUGCACCAUGUCCGGACCUUGAAGAUCAUGAGUGAUGUCUACAGCAGAGGCAUGGUGCAGGAACUACAAUAUGAGCAGCAGAUGGUGGAGAAAAUCUUUCCUUGCUUGGACAACUUGCUGAACAUCCACAGCCAGUUCUUUCAGAGAAUUCUGGAGAGGAGAAAGGAAUCCCUGGCUGACCGAAGUGAGAAGAACUUUGUCAUCAAGAGGAUAGGGGACAUCCUAGUGAAUCAAUUUUCCGGAGAGAACGCCGAGCGAAUGAAGAAAACGUACGGGAAGUUUUGUGGGCAUCACAAUGAGGCAGUGAAUUAUUUCAAAGACCUUCAUUCCAAGGAUAAAAGAUUUCAGGCGUUCAUCAAAAAAAAGAUGAGCAGCUCCGUGGUGAGACGAUUGGGCAUCCCUGAGUGCAUCUUGCUGGUAACGCAAAGGAUCACCAAAUACCCCGUGCUUCUUCAGAGAAUAUUACAAUAUACCAAAGAAAAUGACCCUGAACAUCAAGACUUGGUGCUUUCCUUGAACCUGGUGAAGGAAGUCAUAACGGCCGUCGACAGCAAAGUCAGCAAUUACGAGAAGAAGAUGCGCCUUAACGAGGUCUACACCCGGACGGACAGCAAGUCGAUCAUGAGGAUGAAGAGCGGGCAGAUGUUUGCCCGAGAAGAUCUGAGGCGCAGGAAGUUUGUCCGAGAUGGACCGGUUUCUCUCAAAAACGUAGCUGGGAGAUUGAAAGAGGUCCUGGCUGUCCUUCUCUCGGAUGUCCUGAUAUUCCUCCAGGAAAAAGAUCAGAAAUAUGUAUUUGCAUCCCUGGAUCAAAAAUCCACUGUGAUCUCGUUGAAGAAGCUGAUUGUCCGUGAAGUUGCCCACGAGGAGAAGGGCCUCUUCCUGAUCAGCAUGGGAGGAAAAGACCCUGAGAUGGUGGAAGUGCAUGCCAGCACUAAGGAGGAGCGCAACAGCUGGAUUCAAAUUAUCCAGGACACGAUCAACACUAUGGACAAAGAGGAAGAUGAAGGUAUCCCUAGCGAAUCAGAAGAGGAGAAGCGGGUGCUGGACACCAAGGCCAGAGAACUGAAAGAACAGCUCCACCAAAAAGACCAGCAGAUUAUCACGCUCUUGGAGGAAAAAGAGAAGAUUUUCAGAGAUAUGACAGACUGCAGUGGGGCCGAGGAAGGACAGGGGGCCAGGAUGCUGUUCCGGGCGAACACCGACGAAGCACCGAAAGGAGAAAGUAUCAUGAAGAAUCUGAUCAGCGAAGUUGAGCAGCUGCAAGGUUUGGUGAGCAGAGGCCUGGGAAGUUCCUUCGGGCAGCAGAUGACCAGUCCGGCCUCUGACCAGGAGAGUGUGGGGCCCAUCUCCCUCCCCAGGAGGGCAGAGACCUUUGGAGGGUUUGACAGCCACCAAAUGAACGUCUAUAAAGGUGGGGAGAAGGAUGAAGGAGAAGACGUGCAAGAUCUACGGAGGACCGAGUCUGACAGUGUGUUGAAGAAGGGAGGAACAGCUAACUUGAUGUUUUUGCUGAAAAGAAACAAUGAGCAGGUGCUCCAGAGCAUAACUCAGCUUCACAGCUUGCUGGGCUUACUGCAGGCUGUUGUUGUACAACAAGACACCUACAUUGAAGACCAGAAGCUGCUGCUCACCGAGAGGACCUUGAACCGCAUCUCAUUCCGUCCCAACUCCUUGAUUGAGCAGGAAAAGCAACGCAGCCUGGAAAAACAGCGGCAAGAGCUGGCCAAUCUGCAGAAGCAGCAGACCUUGCACCAGGAGGAACGGAGGAAGAAAGAGAAGGCGUGGGAGGCCAGAGAGAAAGAGCUAACGGAGCGGGAAUCUCAGCUAGGCCAGAGGGAAGAGCAGAUCCAGAAAGGGCAUCACGGCCUGGAGAAGGAGCGGGAGGAGCUGCAGCAGAAGAAAGCAGCCUAUCAACUUGAUCUGGAACGUCUCCGGACGGCCCAGAAGCAACUGGAGAAAGAAAAGGAGCAACUGAAGAAGGAAAUGGAGCAAAUAUCUCAACCACAGAUGGAACCUGAUCUCAAACCGAAUCCCAGUCAACACACCAAAAUGAGCAGAACCCCUUCCCUUCUUCCCACAGAGGACUUGUCUUCUAGACAAUUGUGUUCCUCGCUGCCCAAAGGGCACUUGGAUGCAGAACUUUCCGCCUCAUCCAAAAGGAACAGUCUCUCAAGGACGAAUAAAGAGAAGAGCUCUUUUCAUUUGAUUGGCACUGCAACAUCGGGCCACGCCAACAAGCCAACGGAAGGACCUGGGCAGAUGCCCAACCGCCUCUUCGGUUUAGCCAAGCCGAAGGAGAAGAAGGAGAAGAAGAAGAAGAGCAAAAGGGAUCGCUCACAGACUUCUGAUGCUCACUCUCCAGAAGGAGCACCAGAAGGCGAGGAGAUCUUUUGCUGAUCCCAUGCCUUGUCUCCAGCCAGGCCAUCUCCAGAUCUGCCCUACGGAGAGAGGCCGAAGAAUCGAACAACUCUUUAUUCUAGACAUUGAACUGCGUUGGGCUUUCCCCACCUUUCACUCCUAUAAUCCACUGUCCAUUCCCACUUCUGGGUCUUCUUGAAUACGUCACAUCUGAAAACAUGUCCGAAAGGACAAUAGGAGGAGGAGGAGGAGGAGUGACCACAUGGAAGAACUGUGGAUACAGCCAGACUGGGCGGGCUCAGUUUGAGCUGAAUGUGCUCUGAAGAAUUCUGAUUCUCUCUGCAAUGCUAACUUGUGACUUGCUUAGGCGGAUAUUCUCUUUUUUCCUUUUCAUCUUGAACAACAGGGAAUUUGUGAAGAAAGACAACAAAGCUCACCUUCUCUUCGGAAACCACCCACCCCCCAAAUCAAAAACCUUCUGUAGAAAAAAGAUGUGACUCUUUUACGCAGUGUUUCUACACUGGUCUAUAUAGAUGUAAUGUAUACACACUUCUCUACCUACUUAACUGAACAUAUAGAUAUAUACACACACACAAACAAACACACACACAAAAAAUAAAUGUAGCUCCAUAUCCUUUGGAUAUGCUGUAUGUCUGUAGAGAAAAGCUAAGGAACUUUAGACGUAUCCUAACGGGGUUGGCAGGCACCUGUUCAGGGAUUGGGUCAGUUUUGCCUUCGGCUGCAAAGUUGGCAUUCUGCAUCAAGAUUUUUGAAGUGGAAGGGCCCCUAAAGCAAGAUUCCUGGGGAAUAAUCGAAGCACAUUGCCCAGCG